AUGGCGUCUGUGCUCCUUGGCGCCGCAUACGUCGAUGCGAAAGCUGUUGUUGCUCAUUUCAUGAUGUCAAAUUGUCGUUACUAUACUUCGACGGAGUGGACUUCUGAUAUACAGGCUGCUCAAGAUGCACAUAUCGAUGGCUUCGCCCUCAAUGUUGCGAACAACCCGGACAGCGCGACGAUCCAGCAAAUUGAAAAUGCCUUUACGGCUGCAAAUAAAAUGGGGUUCAAGCUGCUUUUCAGCUUCGACUAUGCCGGAGCUGGAGCAUGGCCACAAACCCAGGUCAUCAGCUACAUUCAGCAGUACAGCUCUAAUGCCGCGUACAUGCAGUACAAGGGAAAGCCGCUUGUAACAACAUUCGAAGGCGCACAGCAAGCAGGAGAUUGGACCAAUAUCAAGAGCCGGACAGGAUGUUUCUUUAUUCCCAACUGGUCAUCGACAGGUGCUUCGAGUGCCGCGACUGCUGGCGGUAGCGUUGCAGAUGGUCUCUUCUCGUGGGAAGCUUGGCCAAAUGGACCGAACAACAUGAACACAAAUGACGACAAGAACUAUGUGAGCGCUCUAAACGGCAAGCCAUACAUGAUGCCAGUUUCUCCUUGGUUUUACACAAAUGUGCCGAACUUUGGCAAGAACUGGCUCUGGCGCGGUGACGAUUUGUGGUUUGACAGAUGGAACGAGGUGAUGCGCGUUCAGCCUGAGUUCGUUCAGAUUAUCUCUUGGAAUGACUGGCCAGAGUCGCACUACAUCGGGCCUCUACGAUCCAAAGAGUUCGGUGCGUUUUCUUAUGGCGGCGCGUCUUACAACUAUGCUAAAGGCAUGCCUCAUGAUGGUUGGCGUGCACUUUUACCUUACUGGAUCGACAGUUACAAAGGCACUUCUCCUCGAAUGAAGAACGAGAUUCUUUCGUUCUGGUACCGGCUGUCUCCGAAGACGGCUUGCGGUACGGGUGCAACAUCUGGAAAUAAUGCCGGCCACAAUCAGCAGACUCACUCACUAUCCGAUAUCGUUCAAGACAGGAUUUUCUUCGAUGCGUACCUAUCUUCCGCUGCAGACGCAGUCGUGACGAUUGGUGGUGGCUCUAACACAACUGCGACUUGGAGCACAAAGCCAUUCGGUGGAAGUGGCGUCUACCAUGGAAGUGUUCCUUUCAAUGGCAGAACUGGUACGGUCUCGAUCAAGAUCGUCCGGAAUGGAAUCACGAUGAUUUCGCAAACCGGCAAGGACAUUUCGACGACUUGCACGAACGGCCUCACGAACUGGAAUGCCUAUGUCGGCUCUGCUAGCCGCUACGCUUCGAGCAGGACGUCCACCCUACCUGGCCCCUAG